ACCGUACCCAUAGCAACGAUUACAACAACAAACCAUCAUGUAGCGAGUGAUGUUGCCACUUUACACUUUUUCCAGACUUAGGUUGUGUAGAAGCGAAGUAAUAAGCUUAACUAGAUAGCUAGCUAAGAAAAAAAUGAGUCAAGCCGGUAACCUACGUGAGGAAACGGAGGAGGCUGGACCUUCCGUGGACUCUGAAAAUCCAGAGGAGAGAAUUGCAGCCCGUCGCCUCCGGAUAGCUGCACGAAGUGAAGCCAAGAAAAGACAAGAACUGGGAGAUGACUCCCAUGAAAAGAAAGAAAUCAAAGAGGAGGCCAGGAAAAGCCAGCAUCAAGUGGAACAGAGUGAGAAGCGUAUGAUAAAGCUGCAGAGUGAUGGGACGGAGCUGGUCACCAACAUCCAGGUAGCAGCUGAUUCUAGGGCAUCGCAGCGUCAAACAGAGGUGGAGGAGGCCCACAGACUCAGGGUGGAGAAGCUGGAGAAUGAGGCCAAGUCGAGCCUGGAGAAGUUUGAGGAGAUCACCAGGAAGUGGACGGUGGCAAAGAUGAAGGAGAUCCCCCAGGACCUGAGAGACUCUCUGAGCAGCCAGCAGCAGCUGUGUGCCCUGCUCAUAGAGGACAAGAACAAACUCAUCAAAGAGCUGCAGCAGGAGAUGAAGUUAAGUGACGAUCGCUACGUCAAAGAUCUAAAGAAGCAGGCAGAGGAUGUGGACCUGAUGAUUGAGAGGAUGGAGGACCAGGUCAAGUUUCUGAUGGGCUCCUACAGGAAUGAACUGGACCAGAUAGAGAAUUCCUUUGAGCAUGAGCGGAAGAUCCUACUCACGGGGAACAGGAAGAAAUGGGAACAGUACAUGAAGGAGCGCCGGGACAAAGAGCUGGAGAACGUGAUGCAGAGGAUGAAGAGGGUGGAGGAGUAUGAGGUGUUGCUGCAGCAGCUGAGGACAGAGGAUGCGGAGGAAUACAAUAUGAUCAAGAUCAAACUGGACACAGAUGUUCAGAUCUUGGAGCAGCAGCUGCAGCAGAUGAAGGCUACGUACCAGCUGAACCAGGAGAAGCUGGAGUACAACUUCCAGGUGCUAAAGAAGAGAGAUGAAGAGAACACUAUCACCAAGUCCCAGCAGAAGAGAAAGAUCACCAGACUGCAGGAUGUUGUCAACAACCUGAAGAUCAAGUGUGCCAACCAGGAGAAGCAGUCUCGGGAGGAGAACCAGAACCUCACUGACGACUACACACGCAUCAUGCAACAGUACAAACACAUGCAGAAGAAGAUGAGGCACUUUGCGGCCAUCGAUGCCAAGAAGUUUGAGGAGGUGUGGCUGAUGAAUGAGGAGGAGGUCAAGGCGCUGGUGGAGAAGGCCCUGGAUACGGACCGGCUGGUCCACGAGCAGCAGUUGGGCCUGGCCUGGCAGCGCCCAUCACUGGCUUUCAUGGAGCGCUGCGGCCCCCUCCAGCCCCAGAGACAGGGCCAGAAGACUGCGCACCAGGCCAUCUCCGAGCUGCUCCAGCUUGGGCAGACCAGUGGAUGUAGCAUGGGGAAGGGGAAGUACCAGGAGGCAGGGGUUGGGCCUGAAUCCGGGGUUGGGCCUGGGGCAGAGAGCCCUGGGAUGGCUGUGGAUGUGUAUGACUCAGGACCGGGGCUGGAGAGUGGGAGCAGUGAGGUGGAGAGAGAGAGGGAAGGGAGUGAGGGGGAGCACAGUGGGACGGUGUCGGUGAAGAUGGUCAAGAAGCUCCUGGAGCUGCUGUGUGAUGAGGCGGGUUUUCUGAUAGAGAGUAAACUUCUGAAGCUCCUCUCUCCACUGGAGAAGGAUGAGCAGUCCCUCAUGAAGCUGGACUCCAUCUUCACUGCCAUGGGGAUCGAGAGCGAGGAGGACGUGUACAAGCUGGCGGAUUUCUUCAUGAAGUACAGACAUACGCAAGGGGAGCAGACCCAGGAUGUGUCUGCAAAAUGGGGCGUGGCCAGUCCUCAGAUGGAGCGAGGGGAGUUUACCUCCUCCUGCAGCCCGCCGUCUGACCUCAUCCAUCCCAAUGAUGUCCUGGUGGCCCUGAGGGCCUUCACUGCUCACCACUGCCGGCCCAGAGAGUUAGCUGCCUCUCACCAGCCCAGUAUGCUGGGUCUAGGAGGGAGAGAUGACACUGAAGACGCUGCUUACUGGGAGGCCAUGGGUGACGUCAUCCCUGAGGCCAAACUCAAGAUCUGGGGCGCCCUGGAGACAGCACUUAACAAGUACCACAUCGUUCUGACAGAGAGGUCCAAGUUCAUCACAGACACACAGAGCCUGAAACAACAGAACACAGAGCUACGGAUGCUGCUUCACCAAUACGUCAACUCCAGGGUCAAUGCUGAGCUGGAGAUCCCGCCCAACCUGGUGAUGCAGUUGGCUCCUGAGUGAACAAGCUGACUAAUCAGGAAGAGCACACACAAACCCACAGUGCAGUGGAAAUGCUUCAAUAUUUAAUGAUGAAAAUAAAGCACUUUGUCGACUUA